UUGUCGGCUGAGAAUCGGUCAUUUAAGACGUGCGCACAAGAGCUGUUUAUACAUAGUGACGUAGAGACUGUAGUAGAAGCAGAUUUUUCAAAACUCCUCUCAGAAGAAGACGAGUACAUGACAAAGGGGAGUGGAUUUACGUUAUCGUGUAUAGACGGUGUCCUUUUGGGGGUGUAUAAAUACACUCCUUUAGGCGGUUGUUCUUAUAUUCCGUUACCGGAAAAUAUAGAGAAGAAAAAAAGUACAAUAAACCCGCAGAAUAUCGAUGAAGAGUGUUUUAAGUGGGCGAUUCUCGCAAAACAUGUGAAAAAUAAUACUCGUAAACGGGUCGGUUCGAAUUAUUACGAUGAAGAACAUAGAUAUGACUUUUCCCAGAUAACAACGCCCACACCUAUAUCUGAUGUAAAAUUAUUCGAGCGCUGUAAUCCUAAUACUUCCGUUAACGUGUACGGAUUAUUUAAUAAUAUUAAUAAUAAUAAUAAUAAUAGGUCAUCUAAAGACAUCGUACAUCCGAUAAAGGUCUGCGAUACAGAGAAAGAAGAUCACUUCGAUUUAUUAUUCAUAAACGACGUAGACACGGGGAAAAGUCACUAUUGUUAUAUAUCAAAUUUUACGCGGCUUAUAAGCGAUCAAAAAAAUAGACAUGAACAUCGGUUGUUUAUAUGUAAAAAAUGUUUUACGACUUUUAACAAUCAACCGUUAAAAUAUAGAUUAUACGGUAAAGAGGCGCUAACGGCACACAAGAAAAUAUGUAAGGUACACCGAGCAAUUGUCCCCGUAAUGCCACAGGAGGGGGACAUACUAAAAUUCGAGGGUUGGCGUAAAACUCAAAGAUUACCGUUUGUAAUCUAUGCCGAUUUUGAAGCGCUUUUAUUGCCUAUUGAACAACAGCACGGAUCAAACACUCGAACGUUUCAACAACAUCGUGCAAUGAGCUAUGGAUUCUUAGUAAAGGUAGGCGAUCACGUGCCCGCAGAAUUACUCGAACAAUUCGAAAUUCCGCGGUCGGUCGUAGUUUACCGCGGAUCUGAGAACGCCGAUGAUGUAGCUAAACAAUUUGUUAUGGCCGUGACCAGUAUAGCGGAGAGGAUACACGAGCUUCUUAGUAAAACAAACGUUCCGAUUGUUAUUACCGACGAGCAACUGCGUGUUCACCAUACAAAAAUACAUUGCGAACUGUGCAAAAUCAAGUUCUCGCAUGGAAACCGCCUAGUAGUACACCAUGAUCAUUUAACGGGAGAGUUUUUAAAAAGUCUCUGCAAUAAUUGCAAUCUUAAACUGGUAACGCAAAACUUUGUUCCGUGUUUCAUACACAAUUUAUCGAGAUACGAUCCACACUUCAUCGUUACAGAACUGGGAUACAACGAGCAACGUAUCUCGAUUUAUGGCGUCAAAACUGUUCACACUAGCUGA